AACAAAACAACCGAGCAACUAUGACGUGGAUCUUUCUUGAAAAACAGUCCUUCACCGAGGAAGUAAAGAGAGAAAAGACAGAUCAAGCACUUUACCAAUGGGACUUGUGUUGUAAUUUAUUUUAACAGCUUUAAAAUCACCAAGGCCGGAUAUACGCACCAUGAGAAAAAAACUGGAAAAACUCAAAAACAGUGGCAUCUAUGGAAAGAAGCUGGGCUAAAGGAACAUCUCCUAGUGGAGAGGAUGACAACCAGACAGACAACUAUGCCAAUAAGAGAGACAGGCCAGAGGAUGAGGAGGUGGCAACACCCCAAACUCAACUUCCAGAGACUUGUGUUGACACUUUGGCUGCGAGGCUUAGGAGUGGACUUAGUCUUCUGAAUGACGAGAAAUUCAGGAGAUGGUCUGAAAGAUGUAACUUGCAGUCUGCAGGCCAAGGAGAGCUCCUGGAUCUGGAGACGGAUUAUAGUUCAGCUCCUCCAUCUUCGUCCUCUCCCAUCAGUCUCACUGACACCUGUGGUCGCUCAAUUUCCAGCCUUUCUUCUGCUUCAUCCACACUUUGCUUUAGUGGAGUUUCAUCCUCUUCCUCCUCUUCUUCAAGCGUGUCUCUAUCUCCACCCCUGCCUCCCUAUGUGGAUGUCUCAGCUGUGUUGACUGACACCAGACUGACCCUGGAUGUUUACCAGGGAGGAGCAGCUGUCCUGGCGAGGCUGUGGAUGUCCAUUCCAGGUCAGCUGCGUGGUCUUCAGUACCUGAGGUUGGGCUCUGAAGAUAAACCAGGACUGGACAGUGCUCUGGAUGUCAUACCUAGUCUAACAAAUCUGCGCUCGCUGACUAUCAGGGGUCACUGUUGCUAUGACUCACGGGGAGACCCUCUGCCCGGCCUCCUCACCGAUCUACCUUCAACUUUGUCCUGCCUUUCUCACCUGGUUCACCUGGACCUCUCUUUUAACCAGUUGUCUGGUUUACCACCGUGUCUGCUCCAACUUUCCUCACUGACCUCUUUGCUUCUCUGUCACAACCAGCUCUCUGCCCUGCCUUCAGACAUUGACUCGCUCACGUCUCUUAACUACCUCUCAGUGCUGGGUAACCAGCUUGUUUCUCUCCCUGUUGGUCUGGGUCAGCUAAAAGCCCUACGCACUCUCAAUGUCUCAAAUAAUUUCCUCCAACAACUGCCUGAAGAGAUUGGUUCCCUGGAGGGGCUUGUUGAACUGGAUGUAUCCUACAACAAGCUGACGCAGCUCCCAGAGACCAUGGGCUCUCUCCUUUCACUCAGGGAGCUUACCGUCUACAGCAACGACCUACGCACAAUCCCAGACUGUUUGAACAAUCUGCCUCUGCUGAAAAUAGAUCUCCGUGACAAUCCUUUGGGAAAACCUCCAACCCCUCCACCUCUGCCUCCUACGCCUGAUCAACCAGUAACAGUUCCAGAGUUACACCUGGCCUGUAAUCAGCACAGUUUCUGUGUCUCGCCUGCUGGAUGUCAUGUGUUUCUCCCUGGGGGGGCGGAGCUGCUCUUCCCCCCAGGGAGUGUGGCGACGACGACGAGACUGGAAUGGAUUGAAAAAAGACCAGACAGGAAGUGGGUGUUGUUGGAGGAGCACGAGAUCCUACUGAGUCGUCCUCUUGAACUUCGACCUCAUGGAGUUUCGUUCCUCAAAGCUGUGGAGGUGUGUGUGCCAUACCAUCGAAAGAAAAAAAAGGAGGUGGUGGUGCGCAGGUUCGACGGAGAAACCUGGAGCAUUCUGCCCACCGACCUGAGGAGGGGGAGUGUGGGACAUGCCAGUCAUCCUGGAGGUCGUCCUGCCAGGCUGGCGUGCUGCUCCGUGAGACAGUUCUCCUGGUUUAUGGCGGUGUCUCGUCCAGUGAAGGACAGUUGCUCGGUUUCACCAGCUGGAGCUCUGCUUGUGUCCAGCUCAGACCCGGGAGUCAAACUGACCUUUCCACCAGACUGCACUGUGGAGACUCGCAGCGUGACUUUACAGGUGCUGGAGGUGUCUAUGUCAGAGGUGCAGACAUUAUGUGGCGAUCAUCAGACCGUGGUCAGUCCUCUCAUCUGCCUCUCUCAGACUCCCAACAUGCAUUUCUUACAAUCUGUCAAGGUCCAGAUCCCUCUGCCCCCUGGGGUCACAGGCCACACUGUCGACAUGGAGCGUUUGCAUCUGCUCCACGGAGACCCCGCCGCCCAAACCUGGACUGACGUCACCUCACAGGUGUCUCUCCAGCUCACCCAUUUGUACGCUGUUUUCUACGUCAACCAUUUCUCCUGGUACUGGCUGUGGUACACCACACAGCAGUAUGUCAGUGGAGUGGCCCGGAAGGUCUACCAAAGACUAAAACAGUUUAGAGUCCAGUUCCUGGUGCUACAGCGAAGGACUGACCUGUCACAAGUUCUGCUACAGUGUUUACCCUGUAACAAGGUUGAAAGCAGGAUUCACUCUCUGUCAGAACAGUAUGACGGACCUCAGCCUUCAGAUCUGUGUGACCUACUAGAAGGAGAACAGUUCUUUGCUGGCUUUGAAAGAGGCCUCGAUAUCAGCACGGACAGGCCGGACUGCGUGCAAGGACGCCUGUGUUUUGUGUUUUACUCCAGUCUGAAAAACUUGAAGGAGGUGUACAUCUGUCCAGCAGAGGGACAGAAGGGACCAGUGAGGGGACAGGUGUCUUUUUAUAGAGGGGAAAUCCCUAACCAUUUGCCAGAGGAUGUUGUGAAAAAGAGGAAAGGAAACGACAGCCAGUGGCUUGCUACUCUGCCACUAAGACUUCCUGCUUUGAACUCGGACAACACUUACAUUCUGGAUGAGCUCCAACAUCCUCCUCUGAAUCUGGGUGACCCUGAGAGCGGGUAUCUGACAGAAGCCAACCUGCUGUCCAUCUCUCUUCAGAUCGGAAAAGACUGGCGUAACAUUGGUAUCAACCUUGGCUUGAGCUACCAGGAGUUGGAUCGCAUCCAGUACAAACACAGGGACGAUCUGGGAGCAGCGGUGCUGGACAUGCUGUUCCUCUGGGCCCGGGCGCAAAGGACUGCAGGACCUGGUGCUGUUUCAGAGUUGGUGGCUGCUAUGAUACAGAGUGGGAGGAAAGACAUAGCAGAUGAGAUUGAGGAUAUAGUCAGUAUAGGAAGGAGAAAGUACUCAGCCAAUCUGCAGAGGCUCGGCCUGGAGGCAGAGAGCCCCUCCCUUGAUGAGCCAUAGCCAGGUACAGAUGGCUGGUUUUCCACUUCAGUGACCUGCUGCUGUCUCAUCAUCUCAUGCUGCUGGCAUAACAUUUGGCUUGGAAUAGACAGUUGUGUUAGCCAGCUACCAGUUGCCUGUAGCUUUUAUAUUACCUGGACCAACAUCAAAGGACAAUAGCCUGUGACUUUGUUUCCUCACUUUACACUGUCAACACGGCCUCGGUGUCAGAGAACAGGACCAAACUGUAGCUGCCUCUCUGUGGCAGGAGCUGAGAGAAAUGAGUUAUUCCGCCAAAUUAAAACUGACGCUGGUAAGUUGACAAUGGUUACAAUUUUAACUUUACAAACCACUUUUAUCAGCAUUUUAGGCUUUGAGUCAGUGACCUUUGUAUUAGACGACCAUCACUGUGACAUGGUAUUUAAAACACGAUCAAUAAUAAUGUUAUUCUUAACUGAAAUAUUUUGUUAAAUAAUAUUAACAGAACAAUGUUAAUUAUUCAGAUGUUUUAUCCAAUGAAUAUGAUGAAAUAAAAUGUCAACUGCACAGUUUAGUAGAGAUAACAGGCAGCAGGUGAUGCCUGGUAAAUGUGAGUGUGAAUGAUGGAAGUAGGAGAAAUAUGUUUUUGUUGUUACAAUUAUUUCUCCGAGUGCCUUUGGUCGCCCAGCAACACGUGAACCUCAGGUGCCAACUCAGCGACAAAGGAUUUUAUUAUUGCCAAAUUGACAUGAAAUAUUUAAUGGUUCUACUGAGCAAAUGUGAUGUGAAAAUACUGAGUCGAUUUCUUUUGUUAUUAUUUUUGCACUAUGUACAAAUAUGUGUGUAAUUUGCAGUCUUUAUACUGCAAUGGGUCUUAAUAAAAUAUAAUGGAAU